AUGCGAUUAGAUGGGGAUGUCCAAGACAUUGACAGCGUUUCCGACGACGACACGAACGAUCUAUACAACUCAGUGAUCGACUUUCCAGACACAUGCCAAGCCAGUGCACGCUACACAGGCCCAAGAAAGCUUCUGGAGCAGGCAGCCCAAGACACCAGAUAUAGUAGCAAAUAUCAUCGAUCUCAUUCGUUCAAGGGAGGAGGAACAAGUUCUCAUGUUCGCCAAUUCGACAAUCUAAGACAACAUCGCUCUGCUGUAAACGCUGAGGGUAUCCCAAACUACGGUUUGACGUUCCCCAACUACGAAGAAGGUCCUUGUCUUGAACUGGGCGAACUCGUCAGGUGCUGGAGCAUAAGUCAUGCCCUACACUCUUAG